GACCCGGAUGUUGUCGUCACUGUUCUCCAGGCGACGCUCCUCCUGCCGCAGUCUCUGAUUUUAACAAUAAAGCAACAAAUCACAUCUCUACAGCCUUUUCUGGUCCUCAAACAUGGCUGAAGUGGAGGAAACGUUAAAAAGGAUUCAGAGCCAAAAAGGAGUCCAAGGAAUUGUUAUUGUCAACUCAGAAGGAAUCCCCAUCAAGUCAACGCUAGACAACUCGAGCACAGUGCAGUACGCCGGUCUGAUCCACCAGCUGGUACUGAAGGCCAGGAGCACUGUCCGAGAUAUUGACCCACAGAAUGACCUCACCUUCCUCCGAGUCCGCUCCAAGAAAAACGAGAUCAUGAUAGCACCUGAUAAAGACUACUUUUUAAUAGUGAUUCAGAAUCCUUCAGACUGAAAUUAUACAUAAACUUCCACAAAAAUCCGCUGGUCACUUUUAUAAUUUGCUUCUAUAAACCACAGUUGAAGGCAUAUUUCAGUAAGGUUUGAUGGCCUGGAUGUACAUGUAUGUUAAAAUACAUUAGCAGUUCUCUACAGAAUCUGGAAUAUCUAUUUAAACUUGUGGGUCCUCUUGCAUUCCUAAAUUCUUCUGCAUUUUUCUUGUUGUAAUCUUAAAUCUCACAAGCUCAAGAUGAAAACAGGACGUGAUAAUUACUUGUUCACUGUGCAUAAUUUCUUGGAAAGAAAAAAAAAAAAAAAGUAACGUCUGUAUUUGUAUUUAUAUUUUCUGUUAUUUCCCCUACAACAUCUCAUCUUCUGUGCUUAGCAUCACAAUAAAGAAAAGUCAUACCAUC